GCAUAUUUAGAAGAUAUGAAAGCAAUUCUGUUUAAGAGAGGUAAUUCUCCAUUUUAUACUUAAUUCUAAAUCUUAUUUAAAUCAAUCCAAAACAUUCUCUUAUAAUCAAUGUUUUCUAUAUGAUUGACUAAAAAUCCAUCCACUUAUCACAAUGAAUGUACUAUGCACGAUACUUCAUUUAUAUAUCGUUCAGGUCAAGGUAUAUAAGGAAAGGAGUUUCAAUCAAUCUUAGUUAUUUUGAAUCUAUGGUAUACUUUUUGAGCAUAUGAAAAAAUCUUUAUAGUCACCAUUAAUGAUCUAUUAGAUAAUCAAAAUUCUGCAGAAUCUCUAAUAGCUCUUAAGAAACUGGAUCUUAAAUGAGAAGAGAAUAAAUGUAUUGAAGUUAGAAAUUACUAUAUAAUCACAACCUUAUUAAUAG